AGUUCAGUUUUUAUGCUCAGUUCGAUCAGUUCUAAAAUUAUUCAGAAAAUAUGCGUUUAAUCGUAGCUCUGUUGGUUGUUCAAGUUAUUUCACCAACAUAUGCAAAGCCUAUCUUUGAAUUCAUUGGCAAUAUUGCAUCAUCAGUCGUGAAUACUGCUACACAGGCUAGUAAUACUUUCACCAGUAGCAUAACACAGGCUAUGCAAACUGCCAACGGGGCUCUUCAGAAUGCUCUCAAUACUGCUUUGUCGGCUAUUAAUGCCGUCUUAGAUGGUACAGGGCAGGUUAUGACGGCUUUUGUCGAUCAAUCAGGACAAAUUACGGCAACAAUUGCGAAUCAAGCUAAUAAUGUGGUGGAAGUUGUUGUUAACAGUGCUGGACGUAUGAUUUCUGCAGGUGGAGAAGUGAUGAGAAAUGUUGUAAAUGUUCCAUCUGAAGUUCUUAAGAAAAUCCAAGAAGCUGCUCAAAUGGCUGCCCAACAGGCGCAACAAACUGCGAAUGUUGCCACUCAGCAGGUUCAGCAAAUUGCUAAUAAUGCUUACCAACAAGGUCAGGCAGCCAGACAACAUGUUCAGGAGAUCGUUGGCGACAUUUUUGAGACUGCUAAUGAGACACUACUGGAAGGAUAUGGUCAUGGUCCCUUUAACAUAUUACAAGAAGCCUAUCAACAAGGGCAAGAAGUCAUCGCUGGAGCUAUUCAGGGAGGAUAUCAAGCUGCUAAUGACGCCGUUCAGCAGGUGCAACAGUCUCUUGAUGAUGCUAUACAACAAGGAGAAGCUGUAUUUCAGUCAGCUCAGAACACUGUUGAUAAUUAUAUCGAAGUAGAACUUACUGCUAAAUAAACAUUUUUUUUUUUAUUAAA